AUUAAAUAAUGUCACGUUGAGCAUACCAGCACACUGGUUGACCACUUUCACAACUUCUCCCGAAGACCAAUCUCAUUCUGCUAAACCUCUCUCAAUUCUCUCAACACUCAAUUUUAGGUUUUCCAUUUUCAUCAUCUUCUUCUUCUUCGUCUUAAUCGACGAAGAAAUGGUAUAUUAUUAUUAUUAACACAUCGUUUAUUGUGAAACCAUAUUUCACGAAAAUGGCUUGGAGAAACGGUUGCGAGGAACUGACUCAAUCCAAGCCUCUUUUCAUCACGAUCUACACUGUCGUUAUUAUUGGGAUCGUCGUUUCGUUUUUCUACGUUUUUUCUGCUAUUUAUUCCAGUGACACUCCUGCCGCUCAUUCUUCUGCAUGGCUUUCUUCUUCAAUCUCUCCUGAGGAUCCCCGCCUUAUAGAUCAAACACUCAACAAUUCUCAGUCAGAAAAGGUGCGUGCUGCAUCCACUUCUUCACCAGGGAAGCAGAAUGUGUGGCCAAGUUCUGUUUGGGAAGUUCCACCCUCAAAUAAAAAAAUGCCACCUUUGAAGGAUUUCCGACUGACCAAAGAACUGGUUCAGCAACGGGUGAAAGAUAACGUUGUAAUAGUGACCUUUGGUAACUAUGCAUUUAUGGAUUUUGUUCUGACUUGGGUCGAGAAAUUGACUGAUUUGGGAGUUUCUAAUCUUCUUGUUGGUGCAUUGGACACCAAAUUAUUGGAGGCACUGUAUUGGAAAGGAGUACCAGUUUUUGACAUGGGCAGCCAUAUGAGCACUGUAGAUGUUGGCUGGGGUACUCCAACAUUUCAUAAAAUGGGGAGAGAAAAAGUUUUUCUGAUAGACUCAAUUCUGCCUUUUGGGUUUGAAGUAUUGAUGUGUGAUACCGACACAGUUUGGUUAAAGAAUCCACUUCCAUAUCUUGCUCGUUAUCCAGCAGCAGAUAUUUUAACUUCAAGUGAUCAAGUUAUACCAACAGUCGUUGAUGACAAUUUGGAAAUUUGGCAAGAAGUUAGUGGUGCCUACAACAUUGGAAUUUUCCAUUGGAGACCUACAGCGUCUGCCAAGAAUUUGGCUAAGCAGUGGAAAGAAAUGCUUCUAGCUGAUGACAAGAUAUGGGAUCAGAAUGGGUUUAAUGAAAUUCUUCAGAGUCAGCUAGGACCAUCUGUUGAUGAUGAUAGUGGACUUGUUUUUGCUUUUGACGGGAAACUGAAGCUGGGAAUUUUGCCUGCUAGUAUCUUCUGUAGUGGACAUACAUAUUUUGUACAGGCUAUGUACCAGCAACUAAGGUUGGAGCCAUAUGCAGUACAUACGACAUUUCAAUAUGGAGGCACUGAAGGAAAGCGCCACAGAUUACGAGAAGCCAUGCUCUUCAUUGAUCCACCAGAUUACUAUAAUCCUCCUGGGGGGUUCUUAUCAUUUAAGCCAUCUAUUCCAAAAAGCUUGUUGCUAAGUGGGGAGCACAAUGUUGAAUCACAUUUUACUCUUAUAAAUCACCAAAUUAAACAAAUUAGGACAGCCCUUGCAAUUGCUUCCCUUCUCAACAGAACACUGGUCAUGCCGCCACUAUGGUGCAGGCUGGAUAAGCUAUGGUAUCCCCAUCCUGGUGUUUUGGAGGGGUCUAUGACUAGACAACCAUUUCUUUGUCCUUUGGACCAUGUAUUUGAGGUGAAUGUUAUGUUGAAAAAACUCCCAGAAGAAGACUUUGGCCCUGGAAUAGAUUUUAGAGAGUAUUCAAUAUUUGAUAAUCCCUCUCUGCCGUCAGAGGUGAAAAAGUCAUGGCUUGAUGUUCAGCUCUGUAAAGAAGGAACUCAAGAUUGUGAUGGAUCAUAUAAUACCACUGCUGGAGGAGUACUUAAAUUUCCAAGGCAUAGCAAUGAAGAAAUGUUUGUGAAAGUAUUCUCAUCAUUCAAGGAUGUAAAAGUCAUUAAGUUGUCUUCAGUUCAAGAUGCUUUCACUGGUUUCAUUAAUAAGGAAAGGGAAGACAGAUUCAGAAGACGCGUUAAGCAGUAUGUCGGCAUAUGGUGCUGUGGGUCGGAUAAACCUAUUGGCCACAUAUAUUAUGACAUGUACUGGGAUGAGAAACCUGGGUGGAAAGCAAUUCCUCCGCAAUCUCCCGAGGAAGAUCAUCCGCCUUUGUGAGAUCAAAUUCUUGUUUAUGUAUGUUAAAACGCUAUAUUGGAUGGAAAAAUGAAGAGAUGAAUCCAAAAAUGGUUGAUUUGGUUUGCAAGUAAUUGUCAAGACCAACAUUGUAUACACACAGAAGUGAAGAAUCGGUAUAUCCAUAUUGAGGAUUUAAGAUAUUAUUUAUAGAGAUUAGACAAUUGAUUCUUGUGUAGCAAUAAGAAAUUUUAUUGUCUGUAUCAGAAAUUACAAGUACCGGAGAUAUUCAAAUCCAUUUGUAUCA